UAAUAGGAAAAGUAGUAGCGGUCUACCGGUGUAGGAAGUGUUAGUUCAACAUAAAUCUAAAUUAAAACAAAACAAAAAAAAGUUUUUAUCUGACUGAACGAGCAGAAGCGUGACAUUGAUUCAUACACAUACGGGCAAGUCUUUGUUAUGGAAGUAGAGAAAAUGGACGAAAACGACUGGAAAUACCACGGCGAAGGGAACAAGAGCAUAGUGGUGUCUCAUGCUCAGCACUCGCAGGUCCUCCGCUUCCUCAAGCACAACGUGGAAGACCACAAGCACAGAUGUCAGACCUCAGAGCAAGCCCAGCAACACAUCCAAAAUAUUGUUGACUUUGGUAAACAUGUCAUGAGGCCAUUACUUGGUGAGAACUACGUCCAUCAUGGGGAGGCUGUUAAACUGCCAUUGGACUUUGUCAGGCUGCUGUCUUUGAAGGUUGAGCCUGAAAGACCAGAAUCACGCACAGACAAGGUGAUGGACACCCUCAGUGGGUGGGCAAUGUGCCUCCCUAACCUAACCCAGCUUCCAGACCACCUGAGCGAACACAGGCCUCCACUCUGUAUAGAAAUUAAACCAAAAUGUGGAUUUCUUCCAUGGUCAAGGCACGUUACAAAAGAUGUGAAGUUGAAAGCGUGUCGCUUCUGCAUGCAUCAGCACUUGAAGAUUAGCAGUGGGAAGUGGAAGAGGCGGAGCCAGUACUGCCCCCUGGAUCUGUUCUCAGGGAGCAAACAGAGAAUGUUCCUCGCAAUCAAACACUUAUUAGAAGAAGCUCAAAACAACUUAAAAAUCUUUAAGAAUGGUGAGCUGAUCUUCGGCUGCAAGGACGAUGUGGACCAGAAGCAGGACCUGAACGAACUGGCCCAGCACCUUUGGCCGUAUUUCUCUCCCACCGUCCCGCUCAUCCAGGGCCGUCCACACAGAAAGGCUGUGCUGCACAACCUCACCCAGGUUGUCACCAUGGCUUUGCUCAGCAGUGGGGAACCAGGGGAUACAACUGAGCACAGGAGGUUCCACCCGCCCAAGAGCAGGGAUCACUGCCGCACCAAUAUGCUGCUCCAGGACUGCUGCCACAAAGCGAACCGUGGCCUGCCGAAAGACUGCGUACUGUCGAAAAUCCUCCAAGUCCAGCUCCUGGAUGAUCUUGACAUUGAAGGAAUCUAUCCUCUGUACAAGCGAGUGGAGCGCUAUCUAGCAGAAUACCCAGAAGAAAGGAGCAGAUUGCAGUUAGAUGGUCCGUACAAUGAAAGCUUUCUGGAAAGAGUAAGACGUUGCCCUUCUGAUGAUGAUGGCUCCAUUGAGUAUGCAGUAGGAAAGAUUCACCAGUACAGAGUUGCCAUGGCAGCUAAAGACUGCUCCAUUAUGAUCACACUUGCUCCCUAUGAAGGGGAUGAUAUCCUUUGGCCCACGUUGGAGAUCCAGCCUUCGAAGCCCAGGUUCCGAGGCGCAGUUUCCAUUCUUGACUUGGAUCCCAAGCCCUAUGAGAGCAUCCCCCACCAGUACAAGCUGGAUUUGCAAAUUGUUAGCAACUACUUGCGGAGUGUGCAAUCCAACGUGGAGCUGGCAUCGCCAAACCUCUGCCUGAACAGCGAGGACUGCACUCUGCUAUUUCACUCCGCUUGAGCAUCUGCUGUUCGUUUGACACUUGUUAAUCAAAGCCAACAGGUUGUUUCUUUUCCCCACUUCUUGUUGGGCUGCUGUGUGCCAAACACUGAUGCUUUAGGAUGAAGGGACCACAAGGCCACAGAGGCCCUGGCAGAGACUUUGUAAACAAUGAAAAGUCAGUGGGUGCUUGUGUUUGCAGCUGUCUGGUGGCAGAGUGCAGAAGUGUUUCCACUGCAGCGUGAUGUAGGCUGGAACUCUGCCACCUGAGACAUGUUUAAUUCAGCGGUUGCUCUAGAGGAGGCCUGCACAGUGGAACAGGCGAGGAGCUGCUGUGUGUUCAGGGUGGGUGAGUCCUUGCUGCAUUUAGUUUGUUUUUGCAAAGGUGGCAUUCGUGGGCUUUUCCCACUAACUUUCCUCUUGGCAGUUACAGCUGGUAAGUAACUAAAAAUAUAUGCUUAGUAUUCUCUGAGAAUCAUUCACAUAACUAUACUUGCCUCAUCCUGCCUUCGGUCACUGUGAUCAUAUUCAGUGACCAAAAAGCAUCUGUUGCUUGACAAUAUUUUGAUGUGAUUGUUUCUGUAAUGUUUUUUUUUUCUCUCUUUCCCACCACCAAGUACUGUAAGGGAACAUUCUAAUGGCAAUAUUGAAAACUAUUGUUUUUGCUUAAAUUGCUGGGGAAAAGGAUACAUCUGGUUCUGUGAAGUAUUUAAUUUUCCCACUUUAAUAGUGUAAUAAGAGGGUAAGUCAAGUAUCCAUAAAAUAUUUAUUUAGAAAGUUAAAAUGUUAUUUUGGAUAACUUACUCUUAAGCUCACAGGCAUAAGGAGAGCUGCGGAAGGAUGUUUCUUGCCCACUCAACAGUUUUUUUUGCCGCACAUGUUCCUCUGGUUUUAUAGAGUUUUUGGUUUUUUUUUAAAGGCAUCAUGCAGUUAUGGACACUUGUUCAUGAGGCAGCGACAUGUCUGUGCCUGGGAGUUCUGUCUCUGAAAACUGACUACUGAAAAUAUUCUGUGCACUUGUAAGCUGUGCCUGUUAACUGCUUAUGAGGUUUUUUUUUUUGUUGACUUAAUUUCUAACCUAAUUUGAUGCGAGAAAAGGAGGAAUGGACUUGGGCUAUGGGGUGGCUGCCAUAGUUCAAAAAAAUGAAUAAAAUUGCAUCUGCAAUAAAGAGA